AUGUUUCAAGACACAGACUACAAUUUUGCAUUGCUGAAACCGACUGCACAAUCUUCAACCUUGCGUCAUUCAGAUGUUGGUUAUUUUUUAUCAAAGUAUGCCGUGGAUGGUAUAAAAGCUGAUUCGUGUAAAACUACAGGGAUUGCAUCAUGCGCACAUUUAAGUAGUGUCGAGAACCAAUGGUGGCGAGUGGACUUUCAGGUAGGAAACAAUAUAUGCAGAGUAAAACUUUAAUUAACGCACAAUAAUUGGUCUAAAGGGUAAAAGAGGAUAAGCAAAAGGACCAAUAGCGGCCAUAUUGGAUUGACAAUGCGCCGGAAGUCUUCUCAAGAUGAUAAGUAGCCUCUCUUCUUUCAAGUGGAAAACGAGUCUUAAGCAGUAUAGCACUAUAGCACUAUAGUUUUUAAGACGUACUAAAAGUUUAAAACUUUGUUGGAAGUUUGUUCACGACAAUGCGCUUGCCAAGGUCGUUGACCCUCUGCGAUUUAUUGAGCCGAUUUUAUGUUUGGCCUUGUCUUAACCCAGAAUUUUAGCAAGGGAGGUAGUUUCAUUCCCGAACGCCCAUCUGAAGUUAAUCUAGCUUUUUUAAACGGCGACAGCGGUUUUUAUUUGCACUACGUUUCGUACCACAUUAUUUACGUGGUAUACAAAACUGUAUAUAGCAUAAUAAAUUAAAUAUUUCAAACAGUCAUUGACAAUUUGUCAGUCCUGAACAGGAGACCAAUCAAGUGUUGGGGACCAGGCAUGGAUGGUGUAAUAUUAUAAACAUGGGAAGUCUCAGUAAUGAUUUCUGGUUCCAGCAAUGCUACAAUUUGUGUUUUUAAAAGGUUCUUUGAAAUUUCCGAUAUACCGGAAUAUCUAACAGUAAGAUUUUCUUUUAUUUAAUAAUUCGCCCAUAUAAAAUACUAUUAUUUACAUAAAAGGAAAAAAUUAUCGGGCUAGGAGUCUAUUGAAACCUUAACGCGCUUUUUGAUUUAGACCCCUAGUUAAAGUCUUAGUAUGUCUUUGUGCUAUAUAUACAGUAAAUUAUAUAUCGUAUAUAUUACAAAAUGAUUUAAUAUAACGUGCAAUAGAUAAAGGUAUUAAUAGCUACAAUUGAUUACAUAAGAAGAAAAGUUAAAUUAACAUGCAUAAUUCUGUUUAAAUGAGACGUUUUUUUUAUUAUUUAUGUAGAAAACGCUUUUUUGAUUUUUUCUUAAAAAUGGGACGUGAUGUUAAAUCUAUUAAUUUACUACCAAGGCUAUUCCAAACGUCUAUCCUUUUCACUGAAAGCGAGUGGCUGACGUAGUUUGUUCUUUGAUAUGGCUUGUGUAGUUUAGUCGAGUUUCGAGUAUUGUGCUGGUGAUUUGGCUAUUUGUAAUAAAAAAAUUUGUGCAGAAAUUUGGCAAGUUAUUUAAAUGAUGAUAUCGGAACAUAAAAAGACUUGUGAGAUAUUUAUUGUUAACUUACUUAGAUUCAAGAUCUGAAGGUCAAUAAAUAUUUGUUCAGUGUGAGAAGUGUAGGACUGGAAUGUCAUUAGUCCAACGUAACUAUUUUCUUUUGAAUAUUGAUUAGUUUUUGAAUUCGCUUUUUGUAUGUACUGCUCCAUAUUUAAUUGCCAUGUCAUAGAUUAGAUACGGAUAGACCAAAGCAUAGUAAAUUAGUUUUAAAGUAUUCAAAUUAGUAAAAUGACGUAUUUUUGCCGUAAUUCCUGCAGACUUUACUAUUUUUUGGCUACUGAAUCAAUAUGGUCAUUCCAUGAUAAACAUUCAUCGAUAACUACUCCAAGAUCACCGUAAUCAAGUACGGAUUGACACUUUGAUUAUACUAUCUGACUUCUGAGUCCACCGUACCCUCUUCUCCGCGCGUCAAGCAGUCAGAGCUUUUUAAAUAUUGACGUAAUUAGUCCAGUGCGGUGGAAAGUGCAUGGUAGAUUUAAAUCUGUUGAGACGUUACAGCACAAAUUACACUGUUUAUUAUUAGCAUGACAAAAUUACUGGAUGCUGUUUGGUUGAGAGGAGUACAAUUAUUUCAUUAAUUGUGCUCCAGUACAAUUAAUGAUUUUCCCAAACCAAACAAAAUGGCGGAAACGUACUUUAAACACAAGCAUGAAAUGAAAUUGCCGUGGCGGAACUAGAUGAAAAUACAAACAAAAGCACCAAAUUUUGAUUUAACAAAAGAACUAAAUGAAAAUACAAACAAAAGCACUAAAUUUUGGUUGAAAGUCUGGCAGAACUGGGCUUUGGCAAGAGAAUAUGAUGUUGACAUUGAGAAGUACGUAUCCAAUUUUGUCAUGCUAAUAAUAAACAAGUAAUCAUGCGAUGUUGCUCGUACAAUUAAGGAUUAAUAGUACUCGUGAUGUUUGGAAAUUUACCAAAUUGGACUCGCCCCGGCGGCUCGUCCAAUUUUGGAAAAAUUUCCAAACAUCACUCGUACUAUUAAUCCCUAAUUGUACUCGCCAUCGCAUGAUUACCUACACUAAUAUACGCAUUUCAAUUUGUUGAAAUUAUGCCUAGAUUUUAAUACCCGUGGCUCGUGUUGUCUUCACAAACAGAAAAGACUAUCCCGGACACAAUGGCUUAGCGAAUUUUGAAAUCAAGAUUGGAAACAGUUUGGAGAACGAAGGACGAAAUAACCCAAAAUGUGGAGGCCAACAUUCAGUACCACAUGCAGAAACUAAAGAAAUUUCCUGCUUACCACCAUUGAUUGGAAGAUAUCUUGUCGUUCAAUCAUUCCAUUCUCAACUUUUACUCAUCAUUGAAAUUGAAGUAUUUGCUGCAGGAUUGUAA